AUGAGCGGCGGGGCCAACGGCCCGAGCCCGCCGCCCGCUGAGGGCCGGCUCUCCCCCAGCCCCUCGCAGGGCUCGCUGCUCUCGCUCCCGUCCCGCUGCAGCUCCCCGGAGCGGGAGGAGCCUCCCGGAGCCUCCCGGAGCCCGCCGGGCCAUAGGAAGACUGAACACUCUGAAACAGCAGGGGGGAGACAGGUGUCACCUUUGAAAGAUAACCUUUCACCAUGGGAAGAGUGGUUCAUUGGCAAAGAGAAGGAGCUGCGUGCCCGCCUGCAGGCUAGAGCUGCACAGGAAGUGAAUAAACAGCUUGAGGAAAUGAAGCAAAAUCAAGAAUUGCAAAGAAGAAAAAGGAUAGCUGAAGAGAAACACAAGGAAUGGGUCCUAAAAAAGAGAGAAGAGGAAAGAAGAGAAAGGAAACGAAAGCUGAACAAAGAAAUGGCAGAAAAAGCCACAAGGGAACUGGAAAAAAUGCAGCUAAAAGAAAAGGCUGACAUAAAGUAUAAAGAAUGGUUAGAGAAGAAGAGAGCUGAAGAGGCAGAAAAGAAGAAAAAAGAGAAGGAAAAAGAAAAAGAACGGGUGGCUGAGCUACAGGAGAAGAGAACAAGAUCAGAGAAAAUCUUUAAGGAAUGGCUGCAAAAUGCCAGAAAUAAACCACAACCUGCUUUAAAUGGUUAUGGUUUCCCAAAUGGGAAGUCUACAGGGAGUGCUGUUAGAAAUCUGUAUCCAGCUCCAGCAUAUUGUAACCCCAUUCCUUGGAAGCCAGUACAUGUGUCUCCCCCAAAGGAAGACACAGUUGUCACCAGGAAGAGGAGUCAGAGACCUGGACCUUGUCAGCCUUUACCAGUGGUGAUUUCUAACCCUUGUUUUGGAUCCCUGAGCAGAAAGAAGUUAUAGUCCAGAAAAAUGUUCUUACAACCAUGACCAAAUGGGGCCAUAAAUGUGAAGUUCUGUGUAGUUAUAUGUCCAGUGCAGAUUGCUUUCUGCCUGCCUUUUUUUCCCCCUUCCC